CUGGAGCCUGUAAAAUGCUUUGAUUCUCAAAAUAUAUAGCAGUUGAACUAAAGGCUGAAUCAAAAUAAGGUGUUUAGUAGCCUUUUAGAUCGAACUAGAGGCCUGGUCUAGUAAAGUGUGAAGCAGUGGGUCAUCACCCCGGGGACAUCAAGGCUGUUAGGCCUUGUUAGUGUACGACAUCAUAAAAGCCAUUUCCAACCGCUAAUGACCGAUCUAUGGAUCCAGGAAGUAGUAAUAAUGAAGCUUCGAGGAUUACUCUUCAACUGAUGCAAAAGGAGAUGGUUAACAGUGUUAAUUCAGAGACGUAUUCUCGCUUUGUCCUGGCUGGGGCAUCUUGCAUGACUGCAACUAUGGUAACAAAUCCUAUUGAAGUGGUCAAGAUACGGAUGCAGCUUGAUAAUGAAUUGGGAUCCAAGCACCAAAGUAAGAACAUAUUCCAUGAUAGAUACUAUAAAGGACUAAUACGGACUGGCCUGACACGGCUUUAUAAAGAAGAAGGCAUCAGAGGAUUAUAUAGAGGGAUAUCACCAGCUUUGUUACGUCAAGCCUGCUAUAGCUCAACCCGGCUUGGUGCAUAUGAGCCUAUCAAAGAAAUCAUUGGAGCAUCAGAUCCUCACUCUACCCCCCUGUGGAAAAAGAUUUCUGCUGGUAUGAUAUCAGGAAUGAUAGGCAGCUUUAUUGCCACCCCAACAGAUUUGGUUAAAAUAAGGUUUCAGGCUGUGAAACGUGGCGAUGUUUCUCCUUACAAGAACAUGUUUCAUGCAUUUUACCAAAUAACCAAGAAAGAAGGCUUUUUUGGGUUGUGGACUGGAGUAAAGCCGACUGUCCAAAGAGCAAUGGUCUUAAGUGGAACACAGAUUCCUGCAUACGACCACACCAAACACUUUUUCCUCAAUGCAGAAUUGCUGAGUGAAGGUAUUCUCCUGCAUGGAGUUUCUGCCUUUGUUGCUGGGUUUGUAGCUACAAGUAUUGCUUCUCCUUUUGAUAUUGUUAGAACACGUUACAUGAACCAACCCAAGAGUAGUACAGGCAAACCAUUGAUUUACAGUGGGACAUUGGAUUGUAUUUUUAAGACAGUCAGACAUGAAGGACUCCUGGCCCUUUACAAGGGAUUCUUUCCUAACUGGACAAGAACAGGUCUGGAUACUGUCAUAAUAUUCUUGGUUUAUGAACAGCUUAGGAAAUUUGCUGGAAUAAAUCCUAUGUGAACCAAA